ACUCACACGCUGGGCUCGCGGUAUUAUCGACAGAUUCGAGUCGGGAGUACAGUCGAGGAGAGCACACCGCAGCGAAUAAGAAGAAGAAAAAAAGCUCUUUCUGUGAGAGGAAGAGAGAGAAAAACUCAGGAGGAAAAAGAGGAAAUCCCCCGAAAGGAAAUGCCAAUCGCAGCCACCGGACAGCCAACGACUCGGGAGCCUAGAGUUUGCCCCCGGCUGCCCUCCACCCCGGAGCCUGUCCCUAAAGGGGCUGAUUUAUUCGACGAGGCGGGGGCGGCGGAGUCGGCGGAGCGGACAGAGUACGGGGGCGCGGAGGGGGGCCGGGCACCGGGCUACAGCUACAGCCAGAGCGGCGCGAGGGGCUUCGCGCUGCCGGGAUCCACCAGCGGCUCCCCGCCGCAGUCGCCGGUCGCGUCCUCCUCGUUUCUCUUCCACCCGCUCCACCCCCACCAAAUGGCCAUGGAGCCCCCCAGGACUCGAUCGCGUUCUCGGUCUGGAUAUUACCAGCAGUACGGUGGCGGGAAUGGCAGUGGAAUUACCGGCAGUGGAGUCAUGGGAUCUAACCACCACCACCACCACCAUCAUCUCCACCAGCACCACCAGCAGCACCAGCAGCAACAGCAGCAACUACACCCACAGCAACACGGAGCCGGUUGCGCACCGUUUGGAGCUCACGGCAAUCUCCCGGAGAACCAGCCGCGAGCCCCGGGAAGUAACGCCUCCCCCGGCAUUCACCGGCUGCCUUCGGUUCCCGGAGCGCACCGCAUCCCCGCGGAAGGAGCUUCUGGCGGAUCCUACCUCUGCCACCCCGAUCAUGCAUAUGGAGAGGAGAGCGAUAAGAGCGAGGAAAGCCCCAGUCCAAAGCGCCAGAGGCUGUCCAGUCAGUCUGUCCUGGAGCAGCUGACCUCCUCCGCCCCCCCGCCGUCUCCCCCCAUCCGCCCCUGGGAGUCAGGACCCCCGAGUCGAAGGCCGCCCCACCCCCACUACCAGGAGCGAUGCCUCACUCCCGCUCGGAACAGGCGCAGCCCGCCAGCGAGGCGUCAGCGCGGCCGCCUCGCCAGACCCACCCGCCACCUGCCGCCCCAUCACCACCCCUCCACCCAAGGCCCGGCGCCGUCGGAGCACCAGGACGAGAACUACCACCACAACCCCCAUCCCCCCACGCACCAGGCGUACCCGCCGCCGCCGCCGCCGCACACGCCCGGCGUCUACGGUCCGCCCCUCGCCGCCGGAGGAGGCGGGACGGGAUUGGAGGAGCCCCGAGCUUUCCACCCGCCCACCUUGUCGCCGCGGCUACUGCACCCGGCCGCCCACCAUCACCACCUUCACCACCAUCAUCCGCAGCAUCAGCAUCACGCAGCGCAGCAGCAGGGGGCCAUGGUCCUGGACCUGCACGAACAGCUGCAGCAGGCCAGUCUCCCAGUGUCCUACACGGUGACCCCAGUUCCUCCUCACAGCCUGGCAGCGCCCAUGUGCACCGGGCAGCACCUCCCCCCCACCUGUUCCUCACAAGUCCCCGCCUGCAGCGUGGUGUUCAGCACGGGACAACACUACCACCCGAUGCUCCAGGCUUGUUCAAUGCAGCAUCUGCCCGUGCCCUACGCCUUUCCCUCGCUGCUGUCCAGUGACCCUCAGUUCCUGCUUCCCCACCCGCCCCACCUCUCCCACCACCCGCCCCACCUCCCCCACCACCCGCCCCACCUCCCCACGCCCGGACAGUUCCUGCCCUUCCAGGCGCAACAGCCGCGCUCGCCUUUACAGAGGAUCGAAAACGAGGUGGACAUUCUGGGAGAGCAGCUCUCGGUCGGCGGAGGCUUCAGCUACGCCCACCACCAGCCGCCCGCCGCCCUGCCGCCCUCCACGCCGCUCCAGUUCCUCUCGCACCACGACCCCCUGUCGCACGAGCUCUUCACGGUGCCCUAUCCCCACUUCAUGCCUCGCCGAUUCACAAGCCGGCGUUACCGCUCCCCGCAGGCCGUGCCCCCGUCGCCCUACCACCCCAGCUUCCUGCCUUACUUCCUGUCUAUGCUUCCCGUGCCUCCGAACGUGGCGCCCACUAUCAACCUGGAGCUGGACGUGGACGAUGGAGAGGUUGAGAACUACGAGGCCCUGCUGAACCUCGCCGAGCGCCUCGGGGAGGCCAAGCCCCGCGGCCUCACGAAGGCCGACAUCGAGCAGCUCCCGUCGUACAGAUUCAACUCCAACAACCAUCAAUCUGAACAAACGCUGUGUGUGGUCUGCAUGUGUGACUUUGAGUCUCGCCAGCUCCUCAGGGUCUUGCCCUGUAAUCACGAGUUUCACGCCAAGUGUGUCGACAAGUGGCUCAAGGGGAACCGGACUUGUCCCAUCUGCCGAGCCGACGCCUCGGAGGUCCAGCGGGAUUCCGAGUGACCGACUCCCCCCCCCCCCCCCCCCCCCACAAGAAAAGCCUCAAAUCCCUGACUCUCUCUUUUUGAACUCGCCAACCAAUCGGUGAACUUCUCUCCUGUUGUCAUACGCUCUCUCACACGGAACUGGGACCAGUGCUCCUCGUUAUUCCUUCACUGAACAGUAACGCUGACCUGGGAUCAGCAACGUUCUCCCGACUCUCACGCUAUCUCUGGACUUUUACACCGUCACUCCUCCGCCUUCUGCUCAUCGCUUCUCCUUUACUAUGAACGGCCUUUGAAAACACAGUAACAUGUACAGGUGGACAUAUAUAUACAUGUGUGUAUUUAUACUUCUUUUUUUUUUUCUACUAAUGAGCCCUGGACAGAAAAAAAAGAGACUUCUUUUGAAAAAAACAUUGGUUUAUUUGAAUUGGCAGUCCAAAGAUUAUGGUAAUUUAAUUGUUUUUUGUUCUGGUUUAUAAUUCACAUCCUGGCUAAUUUCUACUAGACUCCUUUUUGUUUAAUAAUUUCGUUUGAAGAGUGUAUAAAUCUAUUUUAUUUCUUAUGUACGUGGUCCUGCAUUCCUCGGCGUGAGCGCGGGGCGAAAGAAAAAUACUGUCAAAGCUAGAGCGGCGAAAAAUAGACUAUUUUCUCGA